AUGAAGGAAGGAGGCGUAUCUCCGGCUUUUCAGAUUCAUACGUCCGCAGGGAAUCUUCUCUGGAAAUUUAUUUCUUUCAUCAUUUCAAAAUACGCUCAGGUAUUGUGCGAGCCAGUCAUUUGCGCCCGUGCCCGUAGAAUGUUGGAAGGCAUGGCCGCUAGAGACCAUGGCGGCAUGGAGAAACCGCGGGAGGGGAUUUGCGUCAAUGGAGAGCAUUUCAUAAUUCACGGAUUGGAGGAGUAUAAGGCCUCAGCAACUAGAAAGGGAUAUCCUGUCGAAAUACAAUUACCUCUCGCAGAGGCUUUCUCAAAGUUUUCACGUGUGGCAGCCGGAUGCAAAUGCGCAAGAGGAAAAGAUUCAAUGGCGGCGAUCUUGAAUAAAGUUGCUGCUUGA